CUGUCUAACUGCCAUGUAUGGUUUGUUUUCUCAUUCCAGCGACCCUGCACGACUGUUGCUAUCAAAAGCAUCACCAAAAAGAACUUGGGGAAGUCUCAGAGUCUCCUGAGCAAGGAAAUAAAGAUUCUUAAGGAAUUAUCAGGAUUACAUCAUGAAAACGUUGUGGCAUUGUUGGAUUGUAAGGAAACCACAAACAAUGUUUACCUUGUGAUGGAGUAUUGCAAUGGGGGAGAUUUAGCUGACUACCUUCAAGCUAAAGGAACACUCAGUGAAGAUACAAUUGCAAUAUUUCUACGCCAAAUAGCUGGUGCUAUGAAAGCCCUGAAUGGCAAAGGAAUUGUACAUAGAGACUUGAAGCCCCAAAACAUUCUAUUGUGCCAGGGUUCAAAACCAAAUCCACAACCUUCGGAGAUGAAAUUAAAAAUUGCUGAUUUUGGCUUUGCUAGAUUUCUUCAAGAUGGCGUUAUGGCUGCAACACUGUGUGGUUCGCCAAUGUACAUGGCCCCUGAAGUCAUCAUGUCCCUACAAUACGACGCUAAAGCCGACUUAUGGAGUAUUGGUACUAUUGUGUUUCAAUGUUUAACUGGCAAGGCUCCGUUCCAGGCACAGACCCCUCAACAACUGAAACAGUUCUAUGAGAAACAUAGUGAAUUGAAACCCUCUAUACCCAGUGGUACUUCAGCAGAGCUAAGAGAUCUUCUACUGAAGUUACUAAAGAGAAGUGCUAAGGACCGAAUCAACUUUGAGGAUUUUUUCUGCCACCCUUUCCUGAAACCACAGCCUCCACCACCUCCUCUCUCUACGUCUCCCAUCGACAUGGCUUAUGAAGCAGAACCAGACAGCCCUGAACCACCCCCCAUUCCACCACACCCUACUGUUACAUGUUUAUCUUCUAGUCCUCAACACCCGCAAACUCUGACUUUGCCCCCAACCGCCACCCCACCAGUUGCUUCACCAGAAGAAGUCAAUGUUUCUAAAGGAAGUCGAGUAGACAGGGUGGUAGAAUCUGUUUCCAGGAGUACAAGUCCUGUGGAGGGUUUUGUGAUUGUCGACGGUUACCAAGAUGACCAAUAUGAUAAAAACGAAACUGGUGAUAAUGGAUCUGACAGUGACGAUGAGGUUUGUGUGAGGAACGUGAAUAUGAGUCCUACGUCCGGUACCGUGGCAUUUAAGAAAGACUGCCAGACGAGUCCAACGAGACCGACAUCUUUACAAGUUCAGUCGCCCAACAUCACCCCCCCUUCGCAGCCGAUCCCUGUCCCAACACAAACUGAAGCUUACCAAAUUAUGUCAAAUUCCCCCACCACCCCCUCCCUCACUCACAGUAAAGAAUCGGCCUCGGAAAAAGAGGAGGGUAACAGCCAUAUGUUGAAACGCAACAGCUCAGAAUCUCGUCUCAGUAGUGGACCAGACAUAGGGUCGUUAUCUCCACCAACAGUUACAUUCACCAUUGGGAGUCCACACAGUUCCCCCUGGAGGAGGGGCAGCACUAGCAACACCCCACCUCCCCAUCCACCAACAGCACACCGGACCCACUCCGGCACCCCGCCCAACAUGGUCGCCUCACCACUAAGAAGAUCUGGUCACAGUCCAGCAUCUGUUUCUCCUCAACAAGCCAUCACGGGCCCAUCAUCCAUGCCGAUAUUCUUCGGAUCGCAUGAUCGAAGAGAAGGUUUCCACCAUGUCGGCAGCCUUCCCUACAACCUGUAUCGACCCAGGACAGUCCCGGACAACAUGGCUACCUAUACUUAUAACGCCUCCCCUCCAAACAGUUGUCCUGAGUGUGGCCAUGGUCCGACCGAUAUCCCACAGCGUCAUGGCAGCCAGGCCACUGCUCGCGACAGUAUAAUGACCACCCAGUUGAGGAGUCCGUAUGGAUCGCCCCGGCAAUAUUUUGCCUAUCCCUCAGGUAUGAUAGCCUGGCCCACCAAAGACAGGUACAUCCACACUAAUGAAGACCAUUACUAUCGGCACCCUGCUUACCUGGUCUACCCUGAGGCAUCACCCCCAACCUCACUGAUGUAUGCCCCAUCACCACCCAGUAUCGAUACGGCAAUGCCUUUCGUGGCCCCAGAACUGGCUGAGGAUACACUAAUGGAUGAACACUACAAGGAGGUGCUAGGAAAAUUGAGUUUUGUCAAUGACUUGGUGGAGUGCAUUAUGCAGAUUGCACAUGCACAUGGAACUCCAUUUAGCAUAGUCUCACCUAACAUACUGACUGAAGAGAAAAACCAAAGAAUUAUUGAAACACAAAAGCGUUUAAACCAACUCCUACUCUACGUGCGCUGUCUACAGUUGCUGACGUCAGCACUACAACUUGCGAAAGAAGAAAUCAAACACUCGCGUCUUCAUCCUCUCACAUCGCUGAAGAAGAUUGUCCAGAAGAUGAACGUCCGUUACCACAAAUGUCUCGACCUCUGCAAGAAGAUCCAGCGUUAUGGUCCACUGCAGUACACCAACGCUCACAUUGCACAGAUGCUCGUUGCACCGGUCGACAAGAUCAUCUACCUUCAUGCCCUCGAUUUGUUCCGAACUGGUUUAUUGGACGAGAUUUUAAUGAAGAUGAAUGAGUGUUACUAUCACUACAGUACGGCCCACAUCCUGCUACACAGUUUGGCCAACCAAGCUAAGGACACGACGGACAAGUCAGUACUCAAUAACUACAAAUGCAAGGUGGUCAAGCGUCUCCUCAACCUGAAGUCUUACGACACCAUUAAAAUCACCUGAACGACCUGAAAUGGCACACCUCUCGCUCACCGAUUCCAUCAAGGGCCUCCACCUUCCUCCUCUUCCUCCCCCCUUAUACCCAAUACUCUCCCUCUCUACGGUACCCACAAUUCCACUGCUGUCCCCACCCCGAGGGACGCAAACCAGGUGCGGGUUUGGGCCGAGCGCACGACGAGGUUAUUUUACG